AGCAACUAUCUCUUCUUGCUUCAUUCGGUCUCUAGGCGGCUAGCCAUUACGACAACACACCCCAGAUAUAGUUAGUAGUGCUGGCUAGCAAGCAAGGUACUAGCAGCCAGGUGUUGUCCAUGGAGGAGAUGGGGGAGGAGAGCAGCAGGUAUCCAUGGCAGGACUACGACCUGGGCUUCGGGGAGGAGCUCAUGAGGGAGCUCCUCGACCAGACGACGACGGCGCCAACGCCAUCGCCAGCAGCAAUGGCGGCCGGCGCCGCGAGCGCUGAUAACUCUUCUUCUUCCGAUAAGGGGAUCGGUGACGAGGAGGAAGGGGCGGCGGGGCGCCGGGAGUCCAUGGAAAACAGGCUCAUGUCGACGGUCUACUCCGGGCCCACCCUCAGCGACAUCGAGAGCGCCCUCUCCUUCACCGGCGCCGGCGCCGGCGACCCGCUGGACGGCCGCAGCAAGUACCACUACAGCCCCUCCAGCCCAGUGGUUUUCUCGCCGGAGAAGGUGCUGGGCAAGAUGGAGAACAAGUACACGAUGAAGAUCAAGAGCUGCGGCAACGGGCUCGCCGACGAUGGGUACAAGUGGAGGAAAUACGGCCAGAAAGCCAUCAAGAACAGCCCCAACCCAAGGAGUUACUACCGUUGCACGAACCCGCGGUGCAACGCGAAGAAGCAGGUGGAGCGCGCCGUCGACGAGCCGGACACGCUCGUCGUCACCUACGAAGGCCUCCACCUCCACUACACCUACUCCCACUUCCUCCAGCAGCAGACCAACCCUCCACCCGCCGCCGCCGCCGCCGCCUCAAGCUCCAAGAAGCCCAAGCUGCACCCCACCGCCGGCGCCAUUACAGUUACAGACUCCCACCACGGGAGCACCCCUGUGCCAACAACCUCGCCCCCGUCUGCCGCCGUCGUGCCUGCCGGCGCCGGGGACAGCAGCGGCGACAGCGGCGGUAACGUGACAGCCGACGCGGGCUUCCUGCUGGAGCACGCGGUGCCCAACUGCUCGCCGUAUCUCUUCGACGGCGGCUUGCUUAGUGAUGCCGGCGAGGAGCGGCGGAUGCCGAGCGACGCCGGCGGGCUCCUGGAGGACAUGGUGCCGCUGAUGGUCCGGCGGCCGUCGUGCAACUCGCCGGCCACCACCGCCAGCUCGUCGACGACGCUCGGCUCGCCCCCGGCACCGAUGUCCUCGCCUUCUCCCUCCACGUCGUCCGUGUCCUGGACCCCCGCGUCGCCAUACAUCGACAUGGCCAUCCUCUCCAACAUCUUCUAGCCAGUAGCGUAGUGUCAAUUGGUCCGUCACGAUGAUCGAUCGGGAGCAAUUUGGCUCCAGGAAAAUCGGAUUAUCUGUGCUUGUGCAUGCAAGCGUGCAAGAUGCGCGCAGGAAUGGUGUGUGAUUAGUAGUAGUAGUAGUACUAUUAUACUAGCUACAAGUAGUAGCAUCUAGCUAAGAUAGUUGUGGCUUACUCCCAAAAUAAGGAGGAUUUGUAUGUGUGUUGUGUGAGUAUAGUAUGAUCGUUAUUAGUAUAGGUAAGGUACCGGUUGAUGUUGAAUGAAUAAUUGUGUGCAUGAUGUGAGUAAUACUCAUCCUUAUGGUGUGCAUGGGUGGCAGAUGUAUAUGUGAGUGAAGAUGGUGAGA